CCCGCCGAGCUGGCCACCGCCAACCUUCGGCUGCUGCCGUUGGACGAGUGCGGCCGCGUGAGCGCCGACAGGAUCAUCAGCGGCAGUGAGGCCAAGGUCAUGGAGCUACCCUGGAUGGCGCGCCUGGGCUACCACCGGGAUGACUACUCCGACGUGUUCGACUACAAGUGCGGCGGAAGCCUCAUCAGCGACCGCUACGUGCUCACGGCCGCGCACUGCAUCAACGAGGACACCGGCCUCAUCCCGGUGUCGGUGCGCCUGGGCGAGCAGGACGCCUCCUCCGAGAUCGACUGCUCCUUCGUGUCGGGCAAGCAGGUGUGCGCGCCGCCGCCCGUGGACGUGGUCAUCGAGCGCAUCAUCAAGCACAACAACUACGGCGAGAAGAGCCUCCAGGACGACAUCGCGCUGCUGCGCCUGGCCGCGACCGUCGAAUUCACCGACUUCGUGAAGCCCAUUUGCCUGCCGGUGGACGCCAAGGACCAGAAGAAGGACCUGACCGGCAAGAAGGUGAUGGUGGCCGGCUGGGGUCGCGUGGCCAACGGGAUUGGAGCGGGCGGCAGCAAGGUGCUCAUGAAGGUGAGCGUGCCCGUGUCCAGGGCCCAGGACUGCGCCAGCGCGUACGUGCCGCGGCAGCUGGUCAUCUCGAGCGAGAAGCAGAUGUGCGCCGGCGACUCCACCGGCGACUCGUGCCAGGGCGACAGCGGCGGCCCCCUGACCACGGCCGGCCAGGUGAAGGGCACGCCGCGCGUGGUGCAGCAGGGCAUCGUGUCCUUCGGGCCCACACACUGCGCCACGAAGGGCACCCCCGGCGUCUACACCAAGGUCGCGUACUACGUGCCCUGGAUCCUGCAGAACAUCGAGCCCUGAAGACCCGCAACAGCUUCGGCCGCUUCCUUCGUCCGCAGCCUGGAACCGCCUGCUUCGCCAGGAGUCCUCCCUUCAAAAGACUGAUUGCUCUACAAAUCGAAGAGUGUACAUAGUAUGCUCUAACUGGAGCAUGCCAUGUACACUCUUUGAUUUGUAGAGUGGCUGCGCGAUGGCGAAGCCUCACUGUAAAACAUGUUGCAAAUUUUUAAACCCCAUGGGCAUGCGAAAUUUUGCCACCCAAUGUACAGAGACUCCACUUGCACCCAGUGGGUUGCAGAAGGCCACUGUACCAGCCCACUUAAUGGAAUACAUCGACCCGUUGGACAGCGAAAUUUGCUAUUGUGUCGUUGAAAUCCGUACAUCUGAGGCGAAAUUAAUGAUUUGGGUGAUUUUUGCUUUGAGCUCACGCACAUGUCUAAAUUUAUAGCCCAGGUGGCUAGGAGAUUUGCGCAUAUGGCUGUGUGUCGACGACCCAACUUGCCCACAAGUUCAAAUUUAGUAUCUUGUGAGCCAGAACUUAAGGAGAGUCAAACAAAAAAUGACAUACAGUUUGACCAACGAACCAACCUCGUCGCCCCGUACAUGGAAGGGGGGUCCCCCCCGCAUAAAAGCUGGAUCCGAAUGCUGCUUUGAUGUGCGAUCAGGUCUGUUCGUGUGGCUAUGUGUGGCGAGAGAGUCCGCCGAAGGCAGGCCAGCGCCGCAGGCCAAGGUAGGUGUUAGCGCCAGGCGUGGAUUGUCGAAACUGGCGCAGCAUCGGGAAGCCUGUUACAAGCCACUGUCUGGCGUACACCUACCUUGUUAUGAAUAUAGUUGUGUGACUAUCGAUUAAUUUUGACAAUUAAAGAUUACUUCCAUUUUUUUGUAAGAGAAAA